ACCUCGACCCCUCCCAUCGGCGGAGAAUGCGCGAGGACAUCGUGAUCCGGUGGAUGCGGAGGGACGCGCGCUCGGCUCGGCUCGGCUCGGGGUCACCUUCUAUCGCUGCGAAAGAGGAAAGUGCGCAAACAUACGUCAGUUUUAGUGCUUGAGAAAGUCUUCAUUCCUCCAGACGUGUUCUUCAGUCUUGAUUCACGGCACCGUGCACCAUGUCUGGCUCUUAUGAUGAAUCCUCUGCUACUGAUGAGGCCAUGGAUAGCUUUUGGGAGGUGGGAAAUUAUAAGCGUGCUGUCAAGAGAAUUGACGACGGUCACCGGCUUUGCAAUGACCUUAUGAACUGCCUUCAGGAACGUGCCAAGAUUGAGAAGUCCUACAGCCAGCAGCUUACCGAAUGGUCCAAGAGAUGGAGGCAACUGAUUGAAAAAGGUCCUCAGUAUGGUUCAGUGGAGCGAGCUUGGUUAGCUAUGAUGACAGAAGCUGAUAAGAUGAGCGAGCUUCAUCAAGAGGUAAGGAAUGGUCUGGUGAACGAAGAUGUUGAGAGAGUGAAGAACUGGCAGAAAGACUCGUACCACAGACAGAUGAUGGGGGGAUUCAAGGAAACCAAAGAGGCAGAGGAGGGCUUCAAGAAAGCCCAGAAACCCUGGGCCAAGAAACUCAAAGAGAUGGAGACGGCAAAGAAGACCUACCACAUGGCCUGUAAAGAGGAGAAACUGGCCGCAGCCAGAGAGGCGGAAGCGUCUGCCACACCAGAUCAGCAGAAGAAACUACACGAGAAGACAGAGAAAUGCAAACAGGAUGUGCAGAAGGCCAAGGAGAAGUAUGAGAAGUCUCUGGAGGAGUUGUCCAAAUGCACACCUCAGUACUCGGAGAGCAUGGAGCUGGUGUUUGAUCAGUGUCAACAACAUGAGGUCAAACGACUGACCUUCCUCAAAGAGGCUCUCCUGGAUAUCAAACGACAUCUCAACCUCACGGAAAACCAAAACUAUGCUUCUGUGUACCGGGACUUUGAACGCACCAUUCUGGCCGCCAACACACAGGAAGAUCUCAAGUGGUUCAGUAAUAACCACGGCCCUGACAUGCAUAUGAAUUGGCCCCAGUUUGAGGAAUAUAAUCCAGAAGCCACCAAUGCUGUGGCUAAGAGAGAAAAGAAGAAGCCGGAUGGCGUGACUCCGGCUACACCAAGCACAGACCACGGGGAUCAGCCAGGUGACCGUGGCAGUGUGAGCAGCUACGAAAAGAAUCAGGCGUACUCCACAGAAUGGUCCGAUGAUGAUCAGCCCGCCGGAAACUCGGGGAACGAAACUAACGGAGGUGGAAACUCCUUUGAGGAUGACGCGUGCAGCAGAGGGGGUAUGAGAGUGCGUGCACUGUAUGACUAUGAAGGACAAGAACAAGAUGAGCUGAGCUUCAAAGCAGGUGAUGAAUUCGUCAAGAUCGAGGAGGAAGAUGAUCAGGGCUGGUGCAGAGGUCGCCUUGACAACGGCCGGACGGGUCUAUACCCGGCCAAUUAUGUUGAGGAAAUCUAAUGGCCUGACUGGAGGAGAACACAUUGGAGGCAGCUCUGAUUGUUAGAAGAUAUAACACCACGGCAUAAAUGCCAGAGACUUUACAAUGAACAACUUUCCCUAAAGAUGUGCAAUGCAGUCUUGUUUAAAGUCAAAACAUCUUAGUAACCACACUGUACAUAAGGAUCUUGUCCAGGAGGUAAGGAAGAGCUUGCUCACUACUAACAUCUACUAUCUAUUUGCAAAUAUCUAAAAGUUAUAUACAUACACAAACUAAAAACGCCCAGUCAGUUAUGCAAGUAGGACGCGCAUUAUUUGAAUCUGUGCAGCAUACAUGUUUUUUAAAUACGAUAUUACGAGUAUACGUAGACUUCUCAUUUUAGCAUAAUAUCCAACCAAAAAUGUGGCCAUUAUGUGUAUUUUAGGAGACGUCCAUAUAGCAGUCAACGUGCAUUACCGGUUCUCGUCCAAUGUCUUGCAACUUGGUCACAGUGUUUAAACAGAAAGUGACACUCAACCGACUAAUUUGGUUUCCGUCCUUCUCAUCUGUUCACGCCUUGUUGCACUGCUCUUUCUAUUAGGUAUUGUUCUCUUGAUGUCUGUGUCUUUACGCAUAGCAGCAUGUGCUAUGAAGCAUGUUCCUCAGGUCAUCUGUGCUGUUUGCAAUCCCCACAUUGACCACAGAGGGCAGCAAAAUGACAUCGACCCCAAACCGGAAAGUGGCGAGAUGGGAAACUCUCAGGCACGUUCCAAAUACCAAACUCACUUGCUUCUCACUGAAAGUAGGCAUUGUGAAAUGAUGAAGUUUGCAAACUGCAGUAUGCCACAAUUUUGUCACAGGACUUGACAUAAAACAUGAGUACAGGAUAUGAAAUGCACAGAAUUCACCAGGCAAAAACAUGUCAGUAUGAUCUCUCACACAUAGCCACCGUUGCUGUCACACCUCCACAUGAUUCGGUCGAUUGUGCUGAAUUGUCAUGUCUUGAUGUUGUGCUUUAUUGCUUCCUCCAUGAGUAGGGUGACCGUAUGUGGCAUUAUUUCCUGGCCAGGAUUUUCCGUAGGUCGCAUUUGUCCACCGCAUACGUCACCGAGGUUCUCACAUUUCACAAAAAAUAUAUAUAUUUCUCCUAAGACGUCAGAUCAUUGUAGUUCAAUUUUUGUCGGUUGCUUUUCUGAAAUAACACCUGAAAAAGGAAUGAACGGCGUAUGCGGUGGACAAAUGCGACAGGCCAGGGCGAGUACGGUCACACUAUCCAUGACUGACAUUGUGUCUUGUACAGUCUCGUAUGAAGAGAAGGUCUUAAACAGAACAAACAUCUCUUCAUUUGGCAUCUGGUCAUGGUCACCUGUUCAAUGCACUAUUUGGACUGAUCGUGCACAUUUUACACACAAGCUCAGCCACAGAGGGAAUAUCACGACACUGAUCACUCAUUCAGCAAACAGAAGCCAUCAGAUGAUGCUGUCGACAUACAGUACACCCAUCAAACAUGCGUUUAGUGUUAGUGUUAGGACAUAUCUGUUCUUCAUAGAAUACCUAUAAAUCUUAAUGUUGAAAUACUCGUGAUGGCAGCACAUGAUUUGCAGGCAAUGUUGGGGCACUUUGCAGGCGUCUCUCUUAGUAAUGUAUUAAUGUCAUUGCAUAUCAAACCAAGUGACAACAUAAGCACACUUUCAAAUGAUAAAAGUACAAUUUGCAUGAGGAAGACAAAGAGCUUUGUGAUACUUUCUGCUUGUCAAACCUGUAUGGAACGUGGCAGUAGUGGAUGAUGAAAUAUAUCUCUGGCCAUUGGUAGGACACCUGUGUGGAAGCAAGUGUACAGAUCCACAAAAUUGCCCAUGGUACCUGUGGCUUAAGGGCGCAAAAACAACUAAAAGCCAUUCUCUGGCUCGGAUUAUUUGCAGAUAAAUCCUUACAAUGAAAUUCCUACAUUUCAAAGUUUGACUAAAGUCUUUGGGAACAUGGUUGAUUCGUCUCUCGCUCUCUCUCUCUGCUGGAAACGUUGUGGAUUGUCCCUGGAGUUUUGUGAGGUUCCGAGGAUUUGCGAUUUGUCCAGCCUACAAAAAAAAGGAGUCCCUGUUGAAAUAUAUCUGUGACGUACACAAAAGACGUUGAGACGGGUACGCACGCAAAGGUGUACUGGAGGGUAUCCUCUUUCUUAUAUUCGGUGUGUAUGAGUUGUGUUUAUGUAUAGAAAAUAAAAGUAGUGUUCUAAUUGUAAAUGUCGGCUAGCAAAAGAACAAAUGCUUUGAAAAAAAAGCGACACUGUAAUGCUCUAUAGAUAACAUAUUGUAUUGACUUGAUUUGGACUGCAACGGAAUCACUAUGUGUACCAUACCUGUGUAAAUGCGUUGGGUCCACCCUGUCAUAUUUGUAUAUGAUGAUGUAAUUUACUCAGAUUAUAUUCUACUGUAACUGUAAAGUGAGACAGUAAAGAAAUGUGUAAUGUACAUGCUAUUUUUAAUGUUGAUUUGUUCUUUAUGCAAAGGAAAGGAUGAAGGUGGUUUAUGUUGUGGUGUGGAGGAUGUGUGUGUGUUGAUAGUUAGUUGAUGUAAAUCAAACUCCUUGCCGGUGUAGUGCCUCCUUAUCCAUGAGAUGAUGUUCAUUUAUAUAUAUAUGCAUAAGGUUAAUGAUGAUGAACAUGACAUUGAUCAAAAUAAUGUCCAGUUUUAAGUUUCUUUUGUGUUGGUGUCAAUAUUGGCAUAUGUAAGUAUGGAAGGAGAAAACAUGUUUGUUGAGAAAACCUGA